UUGAGUGCGCGUUACCCAGUGGUCUCAGAUCAAACCUUUGCUUUGAUAACACAGAGUAUUAGUCCGCAAUGACGAAGACAGGGGCGAUAAAGUCACAAACAAACAUUUGGAGACUGUAUGCAUUUGACAAACAGGCUGGCAUGUUGUUGUUAGAUACAAAAAAUCCUUUCAAACUCAAAAGUAGUCCACAUUGAUUGACACAUCAAACCACCUGUGCUUUCAGAGACAACGUGAGAUCUCAGCUGAGGUCAGCAAUUCUCUAAAAUUAACCUUUUCAAUCCUCUGGAAUGAAAUGUCGCACAUAAGUCAGACCACACCAUCAAAUCUGACAGAAGGUUACCCUGUGACAAACCUGACUUUAGUCGUCCUUCUGCUCAUACCCUGCGUGGUCAUCCUGCUUCUGCUCAACUGCCUCUUCCUGGGAUACAAGUUACUGAUCCUGUCAAAGAGCAACAACAGACAGAAACGAGAGGACGCAGAGAUGAUGCUCUUACAGUCCACCCUGCAAAGAGUCACCAGAGAACCCUCGCUGCAGGCCGGGAGGAGAGCGUACAUGUCUGUGUCGGAGCCUGUCCUGCCGCAUCCUGUCACUUCUUCCAGGGCUUCAUCCAGGGAGAGGGUCGGGGUGGAUCACAGGAUUCGGCUCUUAAGACCAGAUGGUGCCACCGGCUCAGGGUCCCUGAGGGCGCCGAGCACCAUCCGGGCCACUUCCUCUGCAGCUGGUUUCACCCCAAGACUUGACCUGCCCUCCGGCUCACGGACUCACAGCGUCAGCAAGGCGGGCUGGUGUAGAAGCGCACCACUGUUACCGCAGUCCAGUGACUCAGAGGCCGAAACCAGAGUGAACCUAGUUCCACCAAACUCUCCCACGCAGGAGAUAGAACAUGUGGGUUAUAUUUGUCGGAGCAGCCCGUACGAGAUGCUGACAGAUGUGAACCCAGGUGUUGCAGUGCACAUGUUUGACAAAGUAGAUAUGGAGUGUGAGUACACCAACCCACCCUCAGAGAUGUCUUGCCUGAGCACAUCUGCAGUGGGUCCUGGACUCGACAGCGACUUUGGUGCAAGUGCAGGUGUCUCCCUGCGGAUUUUGUCUGCAGACAGUGACGGUCUGUCCAACGGUGUGUUGGCCUCAGCUUUGGAGUGGGAUUAUUAUGACCCCUGCUACGUCAAACAGAAUAAUGUCCCCAAACAUAAACACCACAGGCCUGCAAUACACACUAAACAGUACUGGGUGUGAUAUAAGUACUUUUAAUGAUUAUUUAUUUUUAUUACUUAUUUAUUUAAUUUUAUUUAAAUAACUUAUUUACAUUUCUUUUUCAGAAAGACACUGAUUUAAUUGAUGUAUUUAAAUUGACUCACUAAUAAUCACUAUGACUUUACUAUUUUUUUUAAUGUCUUCACUCAGCAAAGUUCAAAUUGUUAAAUAUUUAUGAUGCACCUUCACUGACAUUACUGUGAAAUGUUUACUGUGCACCUUUCACUUAUGUUCAUGUGAAUUAUUGUCACCAUUUUGUAACUUCAGGGCUGUUCAGCCAGUUCUGGAUUUCAUAAACAUUCAACACAUUUGAUUUAUAGUCACUGCUUUUGUUGUUUUGUUUUGAUUCACUCUGACCAAUAAAGACUAAUUUAGGAUUUGA